AUGUCCCGUCGCAGCCAGCGCCUCGUCACCACCACCCGCUAUUACCCGGGGGACGACGAUGCCACCACCAGCAGCAGCAGCAGCUCCCUGCUGGGGGGCCAGCAGCUCCCCUUCAAGGAGAGCACCGGCAGGACGAUCAGGAGGAAAUCGAGCAGCACGAAGCGCCUCUCUCCGGCCCCCAGCACCCAAACCUCCUACUACAGCGAGUCCCUGGUGAGCGAGUCCUACCUGGGGGGCAGCCGGGGCCUUGCCGCCCUCGGCAGCUCUGUGCUGGACGAUGCCCUGGACAGCAGCACGUACUGGGGUGGGGAGCUUUCCACCAGGAGGAGAAGAGGCACAGGGGACACCGAGUCCAGUAAGAUCAAUGGGCUGCUGGAGAGCAAGACGUACGACACCUAUGCCUCUUCAUCUGGGUACUCUUCGGAAGAUGACUACGCCGGUCACUUUUACUCGGGCCAGAGUAGCUCUGGGUCAGGGCUGAGGACCGCAGCCUCCCGGGUGGGCUCCUUCCUCUGGCAGGUGCUCACCUCCCCGGUUCGGUUCCUGGGGUGGCUGUUCUCGGGGCUGGCAGCUGCCUGGCACCGCCUCACCGGCGCGGCUCCCCGCCUGGGUGGCGUCCCCUUCUCCAGGCGCUACCCGUGGCUGAAGAGGUCCCUGCUUCUGCUGCUGCUCCUCCUGCUCCUUGCUACUGUUGCCUAUGGAGCUUGGUACUUCUACCCAUAUGGGCUGUCAACACUCAGCCUCCCCGCCUUCCCGUGGUGGGGAGCUGGAAAGCUGUCCUCCUCCAAUGUGCCUGGGGCAGGGGACUUGACUGCGCUGGACCAGGGGCUGCGGGGGGAGCACCGGCUCCUGGCUCGCUUCCAGGCCCUGGAGAAGCGCUUUGAGGCGCUGGAGGCCGAUGUGUCGCGGUGGGAGCUGCAGCGGGGGGUGGCAGCAGGGGGAGAGCCACCCCCGGGAGGCAUCCUGGCGCUGCUGGAGGGGCUGGUGAGCCGCCGGGAUGCCGGGCUGAAGGAGCAUCUCCGUGCUGAUGUGACCAGCCACCUCCAGGGCGAGCUGGAUGCCCUCCGAGCCCAGGUGCAGAGGGAUUUAGAUGGGCGCCUGGGGAAGAUGGCACAAGCCUCUCAGGAGAUGGAGGCACGUUUGCUGGAGCUGAACUCGGAGUGGCAGAGUUCGGCGCAGGAGGGCCUGCGAGGGAGCUUCCAGCAGGAGGUGGGCAAGCUGGAGCAAGAGGUGGCAGCGCUGAGAAGGGAGCUGGCAGGCCUCAAGUCGGACCAGGAGGUGAUGGGGAAGCACGUGGAGGGGAUGCUGGAGCAGCUGAAGGCGGUGCGGGCUGAUGUGGAAGCGCAGUUACCAGCAUGGGUCAGUCGGUUCCUGUCGGAGUCCCGGCAGGAUGGCGCCUCUGGCUUCCUCCUCCAGCGGGAAGACUUGCAAGCGGAGCUCCGGGCCUUGGAGCAUAAGAUCCUGGCCAAAGUCUUGGAAGACCGGAGGCUGUCGGCACGGGAUGCUCAGGCUGGUAUCGGAGUGGCCCUGCGGCAGGGGGGGACUGCGGGGGUGACGGAGGAGCAAGUGCAUCUUAUCGUGGGCCAGGCCCUGAAGCGCUACAGCGAGGACCGCGUAGGGAUGGUUGACUACGCUCUGGAGUCAGCGGGGGCCAGCGUCAUCAACACCCGCUGCUCAGAGACCUAUGAGACGCGGACGGCGCUGCUGAGCUUGUUUGGCAUCCCCCUGUGGUACCACUCACAGUCCCCCCGUGUCAUCCUGCAGCCAGAUGUCAACCCUGGGAACUGCUGGGCGUUUCGGGGGUCCCAAGGCUUUGCCGUCAUCCGCCUCUCCAGCAUCAUCCGCCCCACGGCCGUGACGCUGGAGCACAUCCCAAAAGCUCUCUCGCCCCAGGGGACCAUCCCUAGCGCCCCCAAGGACUUCGCUGUCUAUGGCUUGAAGGAAGAAGGAGAGGAGGAGGGCCUUCUCCUCGGGCAGUUCACCUUCGACCACAAUGGUGACCCUAUCCAAACAUUUUACUUGGAGGGUGAUGCCGUGGGCACAUACCAGCUGGUGGAGCUCCGGGUGCUGAGCAAUUGGGGACACCCUGAAUACACCUGCAUCUACCGCUUCCGUGUGCAUGGGGAGCCGGCGCACUGA